UAAAACAGAGAGCACUUCUCUGCUAUCCUGUUCUGCUUCAAGUGCUUACAGGGAGCGUCUCCCUCAACUCUCUCCAGAAUCGGAAGAUUUUCACUGUGGUCGUCGCGAAAUCCAACAGAGAAGAAGCGAGGGAGAGGAGGGAGACAGGGAGAGAGAGAGAGAGAGAGAGAGAGAGAGAGAGGAGGAAAUGGAUGCUUACACUCUUCACCUGGCCAUGGCGGCUCUGGUCGGGGCGUCGUUCGUCGCGGUCUCGGCCUAUUACAUGCACAGGAAAACCCUAAAUCAGUUGCUGGAGUUCGCGAAGACGGUGGAGCGGGAGAGGGAGAGGGACGACGACUCGGACGGGGAGUCGCCGCAGCACCCGAGGAGGCGUCGCGGCGGGGGGGGCGGCGGCUCGCGGCGCAAGGGGGGCGGGUACCGCCGGGCGUCAGCGUCGCUGCCGGACGUCACCGCCAUGUCCAGCGGCGGGGUGGACGGGGACGAGAGGUGCAACGGGCCGAUUGCGCUGGACGGGAUUCCGGCCGGAUUGCCGAGGCUCCAGACUCUCCAUGAAGGAAAAUCUGCUCCACUUUCUUCUUCAGUAAAGAGAGUCGGGAGUCUUAUCAGACCAACUUCUCCGAAGUCUCCUGUUGCUAGCGCUAGUGCCUUUGAGAGCUUGGAAGGAUCAGAUGAUGAAGAUAACAUGACUGAUAAUGCUAAACUAGAUACAACUUAUCUCCAUACGAAUGUAAAUGCCGGACCAGAUAGUAAAAGCUUGUUGCCAAAUGGUGAGCAAAUACCCAUGGCAGCGUCAAGCAUGAUUAGGUCUCAUAGUGUAUCUGGAGACCUGCAUGGUGUUCAGCCAGAUCCUAUUGCCGCUGAUAUAUUGAGGAAGGAGCCGGAGCAUGAGACUUUUGUACGGCUUAAAAUCAGUCCAAAUGAGGUGCCAGCAGCUGAUGAAGUUGAAUCCUAUAUCAUUAUUCAAGAAUGCCUUGAAUUACGAAACCGGUAUGUAUAUAGGGAAUCAAUUGCUCCAUGGGAGAAGGAAGUCAUAUCUGACCCCAGCACACCUAAGCCUAAUCCCGAGCCGUUUUCUUACACUUCAGUGGGAAAAUCUGAUCAUUCUUUUGAAAUGCAAGAUGGAGUUGUUCAUGUCUACCCGAAUAAAGAAUCAAAGGAAGAGCUUUUCCCUGUUGCCGGUGCAACAGCCUUCUUCACAGAUUUACACUUAAUACUCCGAGUUAUAGCAUCAGGAAAUGUCAGAACUUUGUGCCAUCAUCGGCUAGUUCUUCUAGAGCAAAAAUUUAAUCUUCACUUGAUGCUUAAUGCGGACAAGGAGUUUCUUGCUCAGAAAAGUGCUCCACACCGCGACUUUUAUAAUGUCAGAAAAGUUGAUACUCAUGUUCAUCAUUCGGCAUGCAUGAACCAGAAACAUCUUUUAAGAUUCAUAAAGUCAAAGUUGAGGAAAGAGCCUGAUGAGGUUGUAAUUUUCCGUGAUGGGACAUAUCUUACCUUAAAAGAAGUUUUUGGGAGCUUAGAUUUAACAGGGUAUGACCUGAAUGUUGAUCUUCUGGAUGUUCAUGCUGACAAGAGCACAUUCCAUCGCUUUGAUAAGUUUAAUCUCAAGUAUAACCCUUGUGGUCAAAGUCGGCUCCGAGAGAUAUUCCUAAAACAGGAUAACCUCAUCCAAGGUCGUUUCCUUGCUGAGCUGACGAAGGAAGUAUUUUCUGACCUCAAAGCAAGUAAAUAUCAGAUGGCUGAGUACAGGUUAUCUAUAUAUGGAAGAAAAAUGAGUGAAUGGGAUCAAUUGGCGAGCUGGAUAGUGAACAAUGAAUUAUACAGCGAGAAUGUUGUAUGGUUAAUUCAGCUUCCACGGCUGUACAACGUGUACAAAGAAAUGGGAAUCGUGACAUCUUUUCAGAACAUCCUCGACAAUAUUUUCAUACCUCUCUUUGAGGUCACAAUUGAUCCAGAUGCACACCCACAGCUACAUGUUUUCCUUAAACAGGUUGUUGGCUUGGAUUUGGUGGAUGAUGAAAGCAAGCCUGAAAGGCGCCCCACAAAACAUAUGCCCACGCCUUCUCAAUGGACUAAUGUAUUCAAUCCAGCAUUUUCGUACUAUGCUUACUAUUGUUACGCAAAUCUCUACACCUUGAACAAGCUUCGGGAGUUGAAGGGAAUGACAACUAUAAGAUUUCGUCCACAUUCCGGAGAGGCUGGUGACAUUGAUCACCUUGCUGCAACAUUUCUCACUUCUCACAACAUUGCACAUGGGAUCAAUUUGAGAAAGUCUCCCGUACUCCAGUAUCUGUAUUAUCUUGCACAAAUCGGUCUGGCCAUGUCUCCUCUGAGCAACAAUUCUUUAUUUCUAGACUAUCACAGGAAUCCUUUUCAACUAUUUUUCCUACGGGGUUUAAAUGUGUCUCUUUCAACGGACGAUCCACUUCAGAUCCACCUCACGAAAGAACCUUUGGUUGAAGAGUACAGCAUAGCUGCAUCAGUUUGGAAAUUGAGUUCGUGUGAUCUGUGCGAAAUUGCUCGAAAUUCUGUUCUGCAGUCAGGUUUCUCGCAUGCUUUAAAGUCUCAUUGGAUUGGAAAAGAGUACUACAAGAGGGGACCAGGUGGAAAUGAUAUCCACAGGACAAAUGUGCCUCAUAUCAGGAUUGAAUUUCGUGAUAUGAUCUGGAGAGAGGAGAUGCAGCAAGUUUAUGUAGGCAAGGCAAUCAUCCCCGAAGAACUUGACAUUAAGUGAUUGGAAGGGAGAUGAUGUAUGUCUUGCUUGAAUAAUUGGCACAGGAUCUGGUGCGUAUGAGAAGUUCUAUUUGCUUUAACGAUAAACCAAUAGAAAUUAACCGAAAUCUGCAGCUGGGCCUUGUUCAUGAGGAUAUCGAGUUUCAUGUGGUGCACGUGCUGUCUCAUAUAUAGUUUUGAGUCUGCCAAUGGAAAGGAUGGCCAACUUGGGAAAGAUCAUAGACUAGAGUUUCUGUAAUUCUUGGCAUAUUAUUACAAUUUUCUAUUUUACACAGGCCAAAUUUUGUCCCCUCAAGUUGUCAUGUAAGAUGCUGACAUGAACGGCGAGAUGCAUAAUUAAUGCUUGAUGAUUUCGGGCAUAAUUGCGGUCCUUUUUGGCUACAAUUUGGC